GCGAAAUAAAAAGGAUUGCAAAGGAGUGUACCCCUCCCCCCUUUUCUACCCUAGGCACACUUGUUUUGCUUAAUUUUUUUGAGAUACACGUUUUUCUUCAUUGCUUACAAGUCAUGAAACGUGCAAGCAGUCCUUUUUUCCCUCAACGAUUCCAUAACGCAUGGCAACAGCCACACCUUUGCUUUUGCCACUCAGAACGAAUCUUCUGUAAAUGAAACGAAGUUAACGCAGGCACAAAAUGGACAAUCCGUUAAAAGUGACAAAAGACAGACUGACAAAUUUGAACGCGGCGUUCAUAUCUACGAUUGAAUGUGGGGAGACCAGUCAUAACAGCGAUGAAGAAUUAUUUGCAGACAAACAUGGGAGCACCAAAUUUGAUGAAAACGCAAAUCAGUAUUGCAAAAUUGGAAGUGAAUAUAUGCACAAAUUUGAGAAUCUGGAAAAGAAGGAACACGAUAAUAUUGACUUAAAAUUUGUGGCGCCCAGAGACAAUAACAUGACCCUAGUUGACCCGUCCUACAUAAGAGAAAGAGACUUCGGCGGAGACGGGGACUACAUAAACGUCAGCUUCGUUAACGAUUUUAUAAAAGUGUCCAAGGAUGAAAUACGCGCGGGGCAGAAGGACUUCCACGGAGGGAGCUACAACUUCACGUAUAAAGACGGAGACAACAAGAAGAAUUACGAAUACAUAAAUGCAACCAACGAGUACUUCAUAACCAAAAACGUGGAGGAGAAAAUGACAAACACGGGGAUGACCGCCGAAAAUUUUUUCGCGGACAGUAAGAUGUUGCUGUAUGAAGACGGGAUGAACAAGUGGUCCGACAAGAGCAGGUACCUCUACUUUGUUGAUAAGGAGGAGCAAAAUAAUGGAAACAAAAAAAAAAAAAAAUUCAAAGACAUACGUCUGAACGACGCCCUUAUAGUAGAUAAUUACGAGAAGGUGGUUUACAAGCAGGACCCUAGUAGUGACAAGGUCAAAAUAGAGAACUUGAUAUUGGACGUCCUCAACAAUGACUUCGACUUCGACCAGGACCUAGACCCCGACUUAGACCACGACCACGACAACGACUUCGAAUCUGAUGAAAAUGCCCGGUCUACGGAGGAACUCGAGGGGGAGGAAAGGGGCACGGCGCAAGACGGACGGCCAAACGUCAGGAAGAAGAAUGAGCCCUUGAAUAUAGCCCCGAAGAAAAAAAGCAAGUACAACCGAUCUUAUAUCCUGGAUUAUCUACACUAUGAUAACUUCUUCCACGACGAGGAGGUGAACGUUUCUGAAGAAUCGACCUCCGACAACUCGGAUGGUGAACUCAAUGAGAAGGGAAAAUGUACCUCUCCGAACUACACCAUAGGAAAUAAAAAAGAGUUUGACAUAAAAAGCAACGUCCACAAUUUGUUAGCCAAAGUUAAGACAGAUCUAAAUGUCAGAGACUUUUCAAAGUUCAUUCCGGAGCAGUUUAACAUGGAUGUGUUUUUAUCGGACCAAUCGGAGAGCGAAGAAUACCAGUCCGACUCUGAUGAAAGUAUGGACUGCGUUCUGAAGAAGAAAAAAAUCCAGUGGAAUGAGAAAAAGAUAAAAGAAGAAAUGGAGCUCCUGCGCAAAUACGACUACGUGGAAGAGCUAUACUCGCCUGGCUACUGCUCCAGAAUUACGCAAAAUUUGAGGGACAAAUACAACAAAAAGAGGGUCAACAUUUACGACUUGAAGAAGAACCAACUGUACGAGCAAAUAAAAAAGGACUUCAUCGACGAAGAGCAAACGAAGAAGGCCGAGGAAAACCUGCAAAAGUUUAGACUCGAAAAUUUACGCGUCCCAGAAGAAAACCCAAGUGCAGAUGAAGACGCAGAGUUGGAAAGCGUACAGGGCAUUUCGGAAAAGGACAAAAUGACGGAUCAAGGUGCACCAGAAGUGAAACACAAGGGGCAGGAUGCAGGUGAUGACAAAACGGACAGUUCCUUAACAUUCGAUCAUAUAGAGAGCAGAAGCAUAACUAACCUGAAGAGGAAAUACAAAGCGCUGAAAAAAAGCGAGCGCCCUUCUGGGCCAGAGUUGAGGAGGCUAAAAUUUUACAUAUGCCGAAGGGUUAAUAAGAAGAAAUAUCUGCUUAAGAAUUUGAAGUCGGAUAAGGAGGAGAGGAAGAAGGAGAAAAUUCGAAAGGCCAUGAAGUUUUCCGGCCAGGGAGGGUACAACCUGUUGGCCAAGAUCCAGGAAGACGUCAACAGGGAGGAGGCGGAGGAGGAAGACGAGGCCAAACAGCUGGAGGAAGACGACCUGUUCGACAUCAACGAAAUAGACACGUCAGAAAUGAACACCUCGGAGUACACCUACUCAUCGCUAACCAUUUCGUCCUACGAAUAUUUAAACAUACGCGUGGUGCACUAUAAUGAUAACUGCUACGAAAAGCUGUUUUACCACAACGACCCGAGGGUGAACGUUACUUACCUGUACGACACUGUCCAAUUUUUUCUUAUUCACGGGGAUACGGAUGAACAGGAGGAGAGAACCAGCAAGGGAACCCUGUUCAUGGAAAUCCUCGUGUACGACCUGAAGUUUUACCGGCCGGGGAAGCACAUCGAAGAAGAGGCACUGCUGUACUCCCUCGAAAUAAACGAAAAUGCGUCGGCAAAACUGGAGAAAAAGGAAAAUGACACCUCCGAAAUGCUGCUAAAAACGGUGAACAAAAAAAGCGGAACAAUUCGCUGUUCUAUCGUAGGCAGUAAACAACAAAUGAGCACCAUCUUUAACAAAAUAUACAAAAGAAUUUUACUAGUCAAGUAUGUAAAAUAUUUAAAUUCCAUUUCAAGUGGGGUGAUUGAAAAUGCUGUGAAUUAUUUCCUCUUGGAAAGUAAAACAUUGAAUUUAAAAAAUGUCCCCUAUAACAAAAAUGCAGAUAAAAUUAUCCUUUCGCCCUCCAAAAACGUAGCAAAUAUUUGCACCCUCAAUUUAGCCAACAGAACAAUGAGCAUUGAAGAUUUGUCUGAAUUUCUCUCCAUUUCAAAUGUCAAGCAAUGCACUUCCUUAAACUUGACGAAGAACCCACUCUUUCAAGACCUAGUAUUUCAGCGAAUUAAAAAGGACAUGGAUUACACCAUCAAAUGUUUUAAAUCUUUACAAGUGAAGGAGCUCAUUUUGGACUUCACCGAUUUGUCUAGCCAAUCGGCUGAAUAUUUCAUCGCUAACAUUUUGUUAAGUACCAGCAUUUCCUUUCUCAGCCUAGUCAGUUGUGAAUUAAAGAGUAACAACGUAAGCAAUAUAGUUAGCAUUGCUAAGCAUUCUUUGAAUGGAGGCAGAAGAUUUGCAACUGCCAUCAGCUACGUCAAUGCAGAGUUCAACAAAUUGAGUUACUACGAUGUGGUGUCUCUCCUGAACAUCCUUUUCGAGCUAAACAAAGAUUUUAAAAUGUUGUACAUUUGUGGGAAUUCCAUACAGAGUGAUAUUUUUGACAUAUCCUUUGAGUUUAAGAGGAGAAAAUCUUUCAUCGAAAUGCAUAAAUUUGUCAAGUCCCCCCCGGACAUUUUCCAUGUUGACACCAUUGACCAAGUUAGGGAUUCUUACCCGUGCAACUUGCGGGGGGUCGCGGAGCUGUUCGAGGAUGGAAAAGUCACCCAAGUCACCUUCGAGCUGUACUUCUCCUACCUGCACGUCGUGAAGCCAAAGGAAAGGCUCUACACCAUUAGAAACAUCUCGGUAGUCAGGAAAGACACCAUGAGCAUAGUGGUGAUUGAGGCACUGCUCAACAACAAGGAAGUGAAAAUUAAGCUGAAUUUGUUCAAGGAAAAUAUAACCCUCCUCUUUCACAGCAUAGUGCGCGAAAGCUUCAUCGGGAAGGCGUACUACCAAGAGCAGAUCAGCAACGGCAGAGAAGUGAACGACAACGUUUUGAAUUACUUUAUUAUGCGAAGUGAAAAUGAGAUUAACUUUUACCAUUACAACGUCACAAGAGAGGAAAUUCACUUCGUCCUGGAUCUGUGCAAAAAGGGCGUCGUGAAAAAUGUUAACCUCGGCCACUGUUACCUCCGAAACGAAGACAUUCUCUACUUCAAUUCAGUGAAGAAGGAACCCUACGGAAUUAAAAUUUACAAACUUUCUGUGGGCAAUAACUUAAUCGACUCGAAUGUUGACAUGAAAGAGCUGAUUACUUUCCUUUCCAACUUCACCAUUUUUUUCAAAAUAAACCUAAGUGAUUUGAAAAUCGGGACGAACCCCUCCAUAUGUGAGUUUUUUUUUUACCUCCUCAACAAUACCAAGUGUAAGAUUAUAAGCCUGGACAACUGCGACCUGGGAAACGCCUUCCUGCUGAGUGUCAACCGAAACAUUGUGGAACUGAACAAAAACAGCUACCUGACCAUCCUAUCUAUGCAGCACAACUCCUUCAGUGACAAAAAAGGAAUGCUCAAAUUCUUAAAUAACAUCAUUUCCACCUGCAAGUCAAUAGAAAAGAUUAAAGUUUACACCAACUACAUAAGUGAGGAGGACGCCAGGCUCAUAACGAAGUACACGAUUAAAAGGGACGUGGUGUCGUUUCAGUACACGUACGACACAUCUACCUCCACCCAGAAUGACAUGAUAAAGGUGGCCAAAAUAGCCAAGAACAAAAUCAAUAAUGAUGUGGAGUACAGUGCAGAUAUGACAGAGCAUGAGCGGAAAAUAAUUGAGGAGUUCUUCGAGAAAAAACAAAACGAGCGGGCAGCGAACGGGAGAGGCGCAGGCGCGGAAGCAGGCGAGAAAGGAGGCGAGAAAGAAGACGACCACAAGUUCGUAAACCGCUACAAUUUGGACGACUUAAAAUCGCGGAAGAUUAAAUAUUGCGUGAUGAAGUGA